AUGACGGAGCAUUAUGAAUCGCCCGAAGUAAAGACUAUAUUGACCAAGGAAGAAAUUCACAAGAGAUAUCAAGACACAGCUCUGACCAUAUUUAAGGUAAUUAUUUAUUUUACAUACACAUAAAUCUAUUAGUUAUAUUGGAAUUUCAAUUAAAUAUAGAAAUGACAUUUUAUUAAUCUCCUGUUUGAACUUAAAAACAUUUUAGUACAUAAAUUGUAUUUUAGAAACACAUUCUAUAUGAUUAUGUACAUUAUAUUGUAAUUUUUUUAAUGCCUCAUAAAUUUCUAUGUUUCAGGAGCAACAAGAUAAAGAGGAAGUUGUAAACUAUUUAACUUUUGGAACGAGUCGCAGAACCAUGGAGUACAGUAGCUACGGAAAUCAUCCUGUUAUUGUGCGGAGACCAGCUGGUUCUUUGGUAACGCGUAGUAAUAGUAAUAAUAGUACCAUAUCUUCGCAAAUAUUAAGAAUAUAUCAAAAACCACGAGAUAGCUGUGCGAUAAAUUAA